AUGGCUUAUUACCCAUCUCCGUUUUGUUGCAUAGGCGAAUCAGCGAGCCAAACCGUCACAUCAUCGUCAACCUCAGAAGAAUUCUCGCUUACGGAAGUCACAAGCUUCCCACCUUACUCGGCGCCAACCACAACUGUCACUGGAGCUGCCGAAACAUCCAGUGUCAUUGCCAUCGCCCCACUAUUUACAACUGUGUGGAAAAACAGGGGAAAUCUCUUAGAUCUCAAAACCAAGGACCAGUAUAUCGACGAUGUAACCAACACCAAGAACCAGGUUGAUACUCUCUAUAAUAACUUGCCGGACAAAUCCGACCCUCCGACUGAAUGUUCUAACACAAGUGGAAGCGGAAGUCUAAUCUCUGGCAUAAAGAAUGUGUUGACUACGCCUGCUAAGCUUAUUAGCUGUGCUGCCAAGGUUGUCGGUAACCUGGCUAACAUAGUCAAUGCAGUCGAUCCGGUCAUAUCUACCGUCGAGACCUUGACGGAUACUCUACAAGACAUAGGUAACGAGCUGGAAAAGAGCCACGACGACAAUCCGACCAGCAGCCACAAGUCAACUCGCACUGAUACAUCCGCCACCGACUCCAUAACAUCAUCGACAUCGAGCGGAUGCUCUAUCACCACAGCAGUGUCAUCUUGCUCCAAGACGGUAACGCUCUUGACGUCAUGGUACACCGACAGCACGACUACUACCUCGGAUGUGAAAACUGUCACCACCGUGAAGUGUGCAACGAUCUCGGGGUGUUCAGCCCGAGCGACCACCGCAACGACUACAGUCUCCACGGCGACGACUUCUUCGGGUACGGGCUGGAUAUGUGACUCAACGUGCGCUGCGGGAGGCUGCGCGAUUAGUAGGAGGACUGCCCAGCCAACUGCUGCCUCUGAUUCAGGAGUGGAUACUUACAGCCUUGAGAAACGAAACUUGAAGCCGACUAGCAUGAUUAAAAAUGUCGACUCCUACAUCAUACAGACAAUAUCAAGCUCCGGUUCAGAAGGUCUAGAUUGGAAUAAGGGUAUAGCUGUUUCCAAGUACUAUCAGUUCUUAAACAAGGGGUUUGUGAGAUACGUUGCCGGUGUAACUGGAUGCACCUCGAUCGUGAUAACAUCCGAGAAGGGUGCAUGGGUGUCGCACUUCAUGGAGACUGGCCUCAUGGACGAUGAAGGACGGCAGCCAGAGAGGAACUCGCUAGAUAAAUCCGUCAAGAACGGAAAUGGUAACUAUGUCAAGCCCUCGGAUCUAGCUGGAGAUGGAGGCGAUCUCAACAAAGCUUCUCAGAACGUACAGGUCUACGUUUCGGGUCCGUGUAUCACCACAGCAGACGCGAGUGGAAAUAAAGUCUGCAAAGGAGAAGAUAACGCGCCAACUUGGGAAUAUGACAGGAUCGACACACUGCUAAAUACAUUAUUCGGUCCUGGAACGCCAUUUGAAGGAGUCACCAUAACGAAGAGAGGCUAUAUCAAGCCAACCGACAGAGACGAGGUAGAUUCACUAGCAGAUACUUCUGCGAGAGGGAAAGUUGUCGUACAAUACGAUGCCAAUCAGCUCACCGACCAGUUCAUGCCCUACAAUCCAAAGCACGCGGCAUAUCGCGUGUGGCUGGAGUCCUCCCCGUAUCAACAGGAUUGGGUUGCCAGCAGUUGCCAGGGCGGAAAUGCCCCGAACCAGAAACGGGACGGAUCAUGCCCUAACACUUCAGGGGGCGGUAGUAGCGCGACCGAGUCGCCUCGGCCGGUAUCUUCUUCCCAGAUCGACACUAACUCGACAAUGAUUGUAUCCAAAACAACACCAACUUCCCCUUCGUUAACUCGUAACAUAACAACCUCUGCAGCUCCGACAUUUCUAACGAAGACUUCGUCUUUACAUACCAUAACGUCGGCUAUUAUCACGUCUUCCAUACCUCCCGGUAAUCCGCAAUUCGAGUCGGUCGUGACAUUUUCAUCAUUUAUUGCAACUGUGAUAUCAUAA